UCCCAACCAUCAAACCACCUCAAGCUUCGGCUACAGCUCUUACCAAGAACCCACAAGACAAAUCGCUGCGGCUUCUACCAAGAACCCACAAGCGACAGCUGACAGCUUCAAGGCUUCAAGCUUUAAAGCUUCAAGCUCCAGCAGCCAUUGCUUCGGUAAGAAUAUCAAGCUACGAAAUCCUCUGUUGCCGCCGGAUUUUGGCCGUUUCAAGCUUCAAAGUUUGAAGCUCCAGCACCCGUUCUUCUCCAAUUUUCGUGCUACCAGCCUGCCACCACACUGAAGCUCAAGCACCAGCACUUCAAUUAAAGUCACAUCUUUGGUCCGAAAAUAGAAAAGGUUUUGCAGUGAAAUUUCUGUUCAUUCCAGGGAAGCACUUCUGAGAAUGUCAUAUUUUAAAGGGGUUCAGUGUAAUUAACCCAUCGCGAAGUUUUGGCGGAGCAAGAGACCCACCAAAUUGCCACCUUCCGAACAUUCCACUGCUAGGGUUCUGCUGCUGUUGAUGCGACGGUCCUUCUGAUCAGGUGAACGAUUUCCAGUACGCUGGUCCUCAAUUAGGACUAUUAGUUUCAUUGAUUGAUCGAAGUAUGCAUUCCAAACUGACUAAAAAUGCAAUCUUUGAAGCUGACAACUCACUUGAAGUCUCGCUUAGAGAAGCUUUUCAGCUUCUGGAGCCCCAACUCAGCCCUUUUCCUUUAAAACUUCCAACUCAAGAAGAGUACUUCAACCUGAACAAAGCAAUUCUUUGUGGAAUUUUAUGUGAACCCCAAAUGGCUAGAGUCCACAUGAAGCACUUGCAUGCUAUUGUCACUGAUGGCUACACUUAUUUUAUAUCCAUGCUUAUCAAGAUUGUUAAUGAGUUGUAUGCCAAACUCGUUGAUUCGGUGAAAACUCAGUUGAUUUGGGUGACGCGUGAAAUGGUGAAUGUGUUGGGAGUAGGAUUUGAUGGUUUAUUGGUGGCCCUUUUGAGGCAAAUUGUUGGUGGUGACUUUAGCGGAGGAAAUUUGUGGUUGUGUUUUGAGAUGGUUAGUCUCUUUAGGGACAAAUGAGAUCGUUUGUUGGAGGAUAGACCUCUAGUUUUGACCAGUGCUUUAUAUGUGUUUCUUCGUUUAUUGGCUGAUCAUUGUAGGUUGCCAAAUGACUCAAAAGUUGAAACCUUGAAGAGGUUUGAAAUUGAUUUUUACAUUAGGAUGUUAAGGGAGAAAUUUGGUUUGUGUUUGAAGAUUGGAAGAGAUCUUGUUCGGAUUUUACAGGACUUGGUUCAUGUACCUGAGUUUCGCUCACUUUGGAAAGACUUGUUAUUGAACCCUAGUGUGUUUCAGAAUGCUGCAUUUUUAGAUAUCUCACAGCUCUACCUUUCAAGGACUUCCAGUAGGUAUUUUCUGCUGCGGAUAACUCCUGAGAUGGAGAACCAGUUGAGGUUCUUGCUAAUGCAUGUUAAAUUGGGAAAUCAAAAGAGGUACCAAGUUUGGUUUGCAAAGAAGUUUCUUGGUGUCCCCAAGAUGGAGACUCUUCUAACUGACAUUGUUAGGUUUAUUUGCUGCGGACAUCAUCCACCUAAUGAGAUUAUCCAGUCAGACAUCAUCCCUAGGUGGGCUGUCAUAGGCUGGUUGCUAAAAUCUUCCCAAAGGAAUUAUGUCGAAGCAAAUGUUAAGCUUGCCUUAUUCUAUGAUUGGCUUUUCUUUGAUGAGAAGGUAGAUAAUAUAAUGAACAUUGAGCCUGGGAUAUUGCUAAUGAUACAUUCCAUUCCUAGUUAUGUUGACAUAACUCAUGCUCUUCUAGAAUUUCUCUUGAUGCUGGUGGAAAACUAUGACAUUGGAAGAAAAGAUGUAAUUGUCAAAGGGGUAUCUUCAGCUUUCACUUUUCUUGUUCGAAAAGGUGUGGUUCGAUCUCUUGAUGCUUUGACUUGUUCUGAUGUGAUCUCUCCUUUUCUCAAGCAAUUGAUCGAAAAAAUCUUGACAUGUUAGCGAGCCUUUCUGGGAGGGCAGUUGCCAGUCUUCCUCUUAAACCAAUUUCUGCCCCUUCUUAACUGAGUUUGUUCUUAUCACCACCUUUAUGGAUAGUCUGAGGCUCAAGACGUGCUUUUAAGAUGCAUUUAGUGAUGAUGGUGGUGAUGUUUUUGUUUCAUCUUUAUGUGAAGAAGAUGGAGGGUUGAGCCUGUCAGAAGUGGUUGGUCAUGCUUCACAGGUAAAGAUCUUGAAACGCUAAUUGAAGUUCAUAAAUAAGGAUUCCCAUUUUGAGCCUGUUAGCUGGUCUUGGCAUUUGCUGUAACUUUGUAGAAUUUUGUUACUGCAGUGUUCAAAGCUUUUUGAGCCUAUUGUCCCAUGGUGAUAGUUCAUGCGUCUUCUUAGGACAGUUUAUGGACCAUCUGUGUCUGCUUUUUUAUUUUUGUGUUCCCCUUUCCAAAAGCGUGACUGUU